CUUGCACAUCAAGAUGGCAAACAACAGCCGCAGCACUGGCGUGAUCCAGCCUGGGAUCUUCGAGGAUCUCCAAAAGAAAAUCGACGAUGACAGCGCCAUCAAAGACGCCCUCCGUGACAUCGUUCAAUCCAUCGAGAAGACAAAUCGAACAACUCAGUCCAUCCUCUCCCGAGCACAUUCUACCGCCACAUCGGGCCUGCCCGCAGUAGUAGCAGCCGCCGAGGCCAACAUUGCCCUCGAAACCGAGACCAUUCAAAUGCUAUCGAAAGUUGCCUCGGGCCACCCAUACUAUCGAUUCAACUACUCCUGGAGCAGACAGAUGGAGAGCUCGUGCUUUUCGAUCCUGCUGUGCGGCUGGCUGGGAGGCUUCGGCAAGGGUCAGACGGGCUCGCUGCUGACCAUUGAAGAGGUUGGCGCUGUUAUGAAAGUGCCAGUCAAUCUCAAGGACCGCGAUGCGUUCCACCUGACGAUCGAGGAGUACCUGCUCUCGCUCAUUACGCUGCUGGAAGACCUCUCUCGACUGGCACGCAACUCUGUUACACUCGGCGACUACCGUCGUCCUCUCCUGAUCAGUCAGUUCAUCAAGGACGUCUUUGCAGGAUUCCAGAUCCUAAACCUCAAGAACGACUCCCUGCGAAAGCGCAGCGAUGGCAUCAAGUACAAGGUGAAGGAAGUGGAAGAUGUGGUGUACGACCUCAGUCUUCGCGGUCUGUUGCCAAAGGAUUGAGGGAUAGCAUGAGAGGUGAAUGGUGCGAGUGGAGAUCGCGAUGCUCGAGGCGGUGUUUCUGCCGUACAUGCUGCGGAGCAACAAUCCGGCGCACGCAGACUUCCGAACUGCACGUGCAUCCAGCCGCCGGGGCUGCUAUAGUACAUGGCGAAGGGCGGAGUGGAGGGAAAAUCUGCUCCAUAGCAGAGGAGUUCCAUCGUGCCAGACACAUGCAGUGUAGCGCACGAAGCCCAUCGCAUCACCCAUGUCUUCCUUCCACUGCGAGAUUUCUGCCUUCCUUCCGUGUAGUUCCACUUCGUCUCUACCUUCCCAUGCCAAUACCUCCAUUUUGCUGUGCCAUUUGCGCAUUCUGCUCCUGAAACCUCUCGCCGAGUCGCUCAGA